CUUCAGUCCGUCUGUCUCCAGUAAUCAGCAUGACCGGGUCGAAAUACCCUCACCUCGUCUGAUCAUGAAGCUCUCUCUCUUCGUUCCCGCCCUCACUGCCGCCGCGGUUCUCGCUGCGCCGUCCGCCCUCCAGGCGCGCGACAACGACGACGACUGCUAUGUCGCCACCCAUGGGUUCUCGUACCCGGACAAGGAGCAGUACCAGCGCAAUCUCAUGGACGCCUGCCUGGCGGACGACGCCGCGGUCACCGGCAGCAACCUCUGGGGCAACAAGGCCUGUGUUGCGGCUGCCAUGAGCUUCAAGAACAUCUGGCCUGAAACCGUCCGUGGCCUCGCGGCGUGCAAGAACUCGGACGAGAUCGCGCUCGACCAGCAGCCCAGCCUGGACUACAACAUCUACGCCAGCAUCGUCGGCGACUGCGCCUGGGCGGAGGGCGGCUGCCCCGUCACGCAGCAGAACUUCAUCGACUUCAUCUACAGCACCCUCAGCGAGAUCGGCUCGGGUGACUUCCCCAGCAGCGUCGACACCCUCCUCUCGAACGGCUGGCAGCCUAUCCUCAAGUGGGCCAACACCGAGGACAGCCUGCCCUACGGCAACUUCAACGACUUCUUGCACUACUCGUAAAGGUACUACUUAGUCGAGGGAGUCGCGGCGUCGCUGCCCUAGGUCAACAAUGUGACCGUACCUCCGAGUCCCUUUCAAGGACUUUCGCGAACUUUGUUAUUUCUGAUGGUUAUAUAGCGGGUGUAAUCGCGAUUUGCAGUUAGUCUACAGGUCCAGUUACUGUAUACUAUUCUGCGCACAUGUUAACAUAUUGUGGCU